AUGAAUAGGAAUGUUUUGUUUAAGUUUUUCGAUCCAGUUACUUUAGCAGGUGAUCAAAUUCGAGGAGAAUGCUUCAUCAGGAUUACUGAGGAAAUCCCGAAGGCUUAAAUCGUUUUGACCUUUUAAACCAAGAUGUAUUCGAAGAUCAUUGAAAAACGAUAGAUACCAUAUGAUCAAAGCAAUCCUUAGAUGAUUCCUGAGAAACUUGUAGAGAAAACUCAGAGAAUCUAAGUCACUAUGGAUUCUCCUCUCAGAUAACCCAAACAAACUCAAAAGAAAUAUGAGUUAAAUGGUGAAAUUAUGUAUAGAGUGAUUAGAAAUUAUGGAACUCUAGAAUCUUUUGUUUACACUUAGGAGUUAUAUACUGGACAAGUGAAACCUGGAGAUUAUAAGUUUUAAUUUAGCAUUCCAACCUAAUAUAAUAUGUCUUCGAGUUUCUCAUACAAAAGCGAGGAUGGAUUGAAAUAAGCAAAAUGUGGAUAUAAAGUGACAUUGAGAAUAGAUUUACCUGAUGAGGCUCGAACUUUAAUGAUGGAGAGUACGGAUGUCUUUAUUAAUGGAAGAGUAACCUCGGAAGGUGAGCAAUUUAGGCAAUGCGAAGGCAAUAUAGUUUAAUAUUUAUGUUUGAAUCGAGGAACUGUAGAACUUUCUUUGAAAUUAAACAAAAAUAAUUUCAUUCCAGGAGAGCAAAUGCAAAUAGAAUACACAUUAGACAAUACUCGUUCACAAAGAUCAAUCAGCAGAGUAGAAGCCAGAUUGAUCAAUAAACUCACUUUUAUUGAUGAUGAUGAAAUCGAAAGGGUUGUUGAAAAUGUUAAAGUAUUCCAAUAGAAUCUAGGAGGAGUCAAUUCUGGAUAAAAAUUGGAACGACAAAAUGCUUCCCUAGAAAUCCCCAAAAGUCUCAGAGCGACUAUCAAAACUAGUGUAAUCAGAAAUUAAUACUUUCUCUAAAUGGAAGCUAUUGCUGAUGCCUUCUUAACUUGGUUGUCAGUCCCAGUAGUUUGCCAAAUCCCUAUUAAUAUUCAGGAAUCACAAUUACCUCAUAAGAUUAAUCUGGAAGGUUGGAAUUUCUUGCCCAUCAUGAAUGUCUCAGUCAAUGCAUUUUCCAAUCUAACUGUUCAAUAGUCAUUUGUACCAACAUGA